CCCACCCCAGCCCCUGGCCUCUGCUAUAUUUAAGGAGCAUCCUCACACUCACCCCCUGUCCCAGUGGAAACUCCAGUCUUCUAGUACAGCUUGAUCAUCCCAGACAAAAACUAAUCAUGUGUGACGAUGAUGAGACCACCGCCCUUGUGUGCGACAAUGGCUCUGGUUUGGUCAAGGCUGGGUUUGCUGGUGAUGAUGCACCCCGUGCUGUCUUCCCUUCCAUCGUUGGAAGACCCCGUCAUCAGGGUGUGAUGGUGGGUAUGGGUCAGAAGGAUAGCUAUGUUGGAGAUGAGGCCCAGAGCAAGAGAGGUAUCCUGACUCUGAAGUACCCCAUUGAGCACGGUAUCAUCACCAACUGGGACGAUAUGGAGAAGAUCUGGCAUCACACCUUCUACAAUGAGCUGCGUGUGGCACCUGAGGAACACCCCACACUGCUCACAGAGGCCCCCCUCAACCCCAAGGCCAACAGGGAGAAGAUGACCCAGAUUAUGUUUGAGACCUUCAACGUCCCAGCAAUGUAUGUGGCCAUCCAAGCUGUGCUGUCCCUUUAUGCCUCUGGCCGUACUACUGGUAUUGUGCUGGACUCUGGUGAUGGUGUAACCCACAACGUUCCCAUCUAUGAGGGUUAUGCUCUCCCCCAUGCCAUCAUGCGUCUGGAUCUGGCUGGUCGUGAUCUGACUGACUACCUGAUGAAGAUCCUGACUGAGCGUGGCUACUCCUUCGUGACUACUGCUGAGCGUGAGAUUGUGCGUGACAUCAAGGAGAAGCUCUGCUAUGUUGCUCUGGACUUUGAGAAUGAGAUGGCCACCGCUGCAUCCUCCUCCUCCCUGGAGAAAUCCUACGAGUUGCCCGACGGCCAGGUCAUUACCAUCGGCAAUGAACGUUUCCGUUGCCCUGAGACCCUCUUCCAGCCUUCCUUCAUUGGUAUGGAGUCUGCUGGUAUUCAUGAAACUGCCUACAACAGCAUCAUGAAGUGCGAUAUUGAUAUCCGCAAGGACCUUUACGCCAACAACGUCCUGUCUGGUGGUACCACCAUGUACCCUGGUAUUGCUGACCGCAUGCAGAAGGAGAUCACUGCUCUGGCCCCCAGCACCAUGAAGAUCAAGAUCAUUGCUCCCCCUGAGCGUAAAUACUCUGUCUGGAUCGGUGGCUCCAUCCUGGCAUCCCUGUCCACCUUCCAGCAGAUGUGGAUCAGCAAGCAGGAAUAUGAUGAGGCUGGUCCCUCCAUUGUCCACAGGAAAUGCUUCUAAAUGCCAAACUUAUCAGUCCUUCCACCCUGUGUCUGCAUUUGUACUGUAUAUACAUGUUCUAUUGUAAUAAAGUUAAUGACCUGUAACAGUA